GGGUCGGGUCAAACCCGGUGAUAUAGUUCAUUUCUUGUUCUUGAACUCUUUCUCACACAGGGAUCGAACGUUGAUCACUCGAAGCAAACAUGGGUGGUGGAAACAGAAGAUCGAAAGGAAGAGGAAAACCGAGCAACAACAGCAGUGGCAACGGCACUCCAAACAACCCUAAAUCUCGAAAGAAAAGAGGUUCAGAUGUCAAAACAGCAUUGUUUGUCGAAGGUGGUUUCUUGUCCGAUUGGCACCUUCCCUCUCCCACCCACACUCCAGCAGGGAGAAGUUCCGGCUCCAAUAACAAGUCCAAUAACAAGUCCGGGAGCCAACGUAGAGCAGAAGGCUCUGCAUCUAAAAGAGUGUUGGCAAAAUCUUCCGGAGCUACUAUUGGAUACAGUUAUCCUUCACUAGAUUAUCAGGAGGUAACUUCCGUUGGGACUGGGAACAGCACUAAAGAUAGUAAUGUAAAUCAGCUGCAACCUUUUGUUUUGGCGGACACCAAGCAGGACAUCAAACAGUGCCAAGUUACUGUUCAUGCAGACGGAACACCUCCUUCAAAACCGAACACUGUGAAAUAUACAUACAGUUAUGAUGUAGAUUUUGUUUUGGGUGACAGCUCCCAUAAAGGUUUAGGUUUCUCUUCUGAACAAGACAAAAACACCAGUAGCUUUGGCAUUUCACAGGAACAGAUGCCCCAAUCAACUCCAGUUUUAGAUUCAUCAUCAUUUGAGAAGGAUGGUGGUUCUGAUGAGGGUAUGGAUUGUGAGUUAAGCAAUGAGAUGGUGGAAGACUUUUCACCAAACGUUUCUGCUGAGAGAAAUUCAGGGUUUCUGUCAAUUGGAGGUCUUAAAUUAUAUACUGAGGACAUUUCAGACGAUGAAAAUGAAGAAUAUAAUGAAGACUCAUCGGAUGAGGAGGGCUCCACAUCUUCUGUGCCAGAAGAAUUACUUGAGUCAUCUGAAAAUAAUGAUUCAGAAUACACAUCUGAUAGUGAUUCAGACAUUGAUGAAGAUGUGGCAGAAGAUUAUCUAGAGGGAGUUGGUGGUAGUGAGAACAUCUUGGAUGCAAAAUGGUUGCUAAAACCUGAUAUGAACGAGUCAGAUGAUGAUAGUUCUUCUAGUAGUUGCUAUGAUGAGGCAUUGAAAAAGCUGGGUGGCUUUGCCCUUCAAGAAGCCUCCAGGGAAUAUGGCAUGAAGAAAAAUAAACCAAGGAAGAAACACUGUUUAAAUUCUGGACCAUUAGUCUUGGAAAACCUAAUGAUGGAAAAGGAUCCGAGAACCAUUUCUUCUAGAAAGAAGCAUGUGCCUCGGUUCCCUCACUCUUGGCCUUCACAUGCGCAAAAGAGUAAAGCUUCCAAAAAAAUGCAUGGUGAAAAAAAGAAACUUCGUAAGGAGAGGAUUGCUGUGAAGCGCAGAGAAAGAAUGCUGCAUCGUGGGGUUGAUCUAGAGAAGAUUAAUUUGAAAUUACAACAAAUUGUUUUGGAGGAAGUGGAUAUAUUCUCUUUUCAACCUAUGGAUUCUCGGGAUUGUUCACAGAUACAAAGAUUAGCAGGGAUUUAUCAAUUGCGGAGUAGCUGCCAAGGUUCUGGCAAAAAAAGAUUCGUGACAGUGACGCGGACACAGUCUACAUCCAUGCCAUCUUCAAGUGGUAGACAACGCUUGGAAAAGCUGGUGGGAGUUGAUGAUGAGGAUGCCGAUUUUUCUGUUGCUGAUAAUGUAAAUAAGAAACCUGUGAGCGGAGGCAGAAGAGUUGGAAAGGGACAUACUAAACAGAACAAUUUUAGAUUGCAAGAACUACAAUCUCCCCAAAACAAGUUCUCAGGCAGUCAUAAAGUGAAGGACAAGAGAGGGAGUGGGCAAAAAGUUUCAUAUGCUAAUCAGCCUGUCUCAUUUGUAUCAAGUGGCAUGAUCCGUUCUGAAACUGAUCCUGUUACAGUUGUUGAGGCUGAAGAGACUUAUAGGAAGGGUGUCACUAACUCUGCCAAUAUAGGAUCAUUUGAAGAACAUACUACUGGUUUUGGUUCAAAAAUGAUGGCUAAAAUGGGGUACAUGGAGGGAGGAGGACUGGGGAAAAAUGGUCAAGGUAUGGCACAACCUAUUGAGGUUAUUCAAAGGCCUAAAUCACUUGGUUUGGGUGUAGAAUUCUCCAACAACCCAGGUGCUGAAUCAUUUGGUUUGGAUGUAGAAUUGUCCAAAAACCAAGGUGAAAUAGCUAGGAACAGAUCUUCAAGAGUUGGUGCUUUUGAAAAACAUACCAAAGGCUUUGGGUCUAAGAUGAUGGCGAAGAUGGGUUUUGUUGAAGGUAAGGGAUUAGGUAGAGAAUCACAAGGCAUCACCACUCCAUUGACUGCUCUUAGGUUACCAAAGUCACGAGGACUAGGUGCCAAAAGUUGAUUUAGACAUUAUUUAUUUUCAGUCUUUGUAUGUAAUUGUAUUGUGCGUUGCUUAAACCUUUAUAAUUGAGACAUGUUGAAGCUUCAUAAUCAAGAAUACCAACCCUUUACGUUAGUGUCA